AUGGGUAGGAUACUUUUAAAGGGAAACGUUAAAGCACAUAUUACAGAUUGGUUUAAAAGUUUCCAAUUAAAAAAUAUCGGUACCGAAAGACAAACCAGUGCAGAAAUCUUAUUACCAAGGUUACAACAUAAGGAUUCCCAAAAUCAAAAGACAGAAAGCGUUAUACCCCGGCGUUCUCCAAUCUUAACACACCGUCAACCGCCCCUUUCCACACUAAAGCCUACCGUAAAUGCUAACCUUCCAGACAUUACCAGGUCGUUUAAAGAUCUAGAGAAUGGUCUUUUAGACGUGUUCAAUAAUAAUAAAAUAUGGGCAAAUUCAGUGCGACUACUAGACAAAAAGUUCUUUGAAAAUUUAGCAAAUAACGAACAACAGCCAAAAUUAUUUUGGAUUGGGUCAAUGUUCGUGAAUUGGCGAUGCUCAGAUUCCCGUGUACCGGCGGAAAUUAUCGCAAAAUUGGGUUUCGGGGAAAUAUUUGUGCACAGAAAUAUUGCGAAUCAAUUUAAAGAUGAUGACAUUAAUUGUAUGUCUGAAUUGGAGUUUGCGGUUCAUAAUUUAAAGGUCGAACACAUUAUAGUCUGUGGACAUACUAAAUGCGGAGGUAUUCAAAAUGCUUAUAAGGACCAAAUUCUCCGUAAUAAUUUAAAAAGUUGGUUAUCUGACAUACGCAAAAUCAAAGAUUCUUAUCCUGAACUUUUUCCUGAUCAAAUUACUGAAUCUAAAAUGGACAAAAGUGAAAUAGAUACCAUUCAUAAAAAAUUAGUAAGUAUUAACGUAAUUACUCAAGUAAAUAAAAUUUCUGAAAACGUGGUUGUUAAAGAAGCAUGGAAAGAUGAAAAGCGAAAAUUAUCUGUUCAUGGAUGGAUAUUUAAUAUGGAGAACGGACAUUUAGAAGACUUAUAUGUAACUAGAAAUAAGUAA